GUAUUUAAACCACGUCACUGAAAAUAUGAACCGGAUCUAGUUUGUAAACCGGUCCUCCGAUUUAAAGCUUGGACUCUGAGAGACUCUUCUCGUCUUCAGCUUCGCUUGAAACAACGUUCGUCGUCUCUGCGAUCUGAGAAAAUCGAAGGUGUGAAAGAUGGGUUAUAUCGGAGAAACCAUAGAUUCAAUCAAAUCUAUACAGAUCCGUCAGCUUCUCACUCAGGCCAUAAGCCUUGGGAUGAUUGUGACGUCUGCUUUGAUCAUAUGGAAAGCUUUGAUGUGUGUCACUGGAAGUGAAUCUCCCGUGGUUGUUGUUCUCUCCGGAAGCAUGGAACCUGGUUUUAAGAGGGGGGAUAUAUUGUUCUUGCACAUGAGUAAGGACCCGAUUCGAGCUGGCGAAAUUGUUGUUUUCAAUGUUGAUGGUCGUGAUAUUCCAAUUGUUCAUCGUGUCAUUAAGGUUCACGAAAGGGAAAAUACAGGGGAAGUCGAUGUUUUGACAAAAGGGGACAAUAACUAUGGAGAUGACAGACUUCUCUAUGCUGAAGGUCAGCAAUGGCUUCAUCGACAUCAUAUAAUGGGUCGUGCUGUCGGGUUCUUGCCUUAUGUUGGAUGGGUGACUAUAAUUAUGACAGAAAAGCCUAUCAUCAAGUAUAUUCUCAUAGGCGCAUUGGGUUUACUUGUUAUAACGUCCAAGGAUUGAAGUCUUUUGGAGAUUGGACUCUGCAAACCCUUGUGUGUGUUAUCAUCCUUGUUGUCUUGUUUUAUCAACUGGUCUUUUUGUGGUUUAGACCACUUCAAAAACAGUAUCAAUCAGGAGCUAACUUUUUUUAA